CACUCUCUCUCAGGAACCCAGACUAGACUAGGUCUAGACCGAUUUUCAGCUUUAAAAUUCUUAAAAUUCAAAACAAAACAAGCAAGGACAGGGUCUAUCUGAGACAGAAACAUCAACCUGCAACCCAUAAGAUGAGAAACAGAUAGUUUGCUAGUUGGUUGGAGAUAUUACAGUCGAUUCAACAUGAUGAGGCGGCUUCUGAUGGCGUUUGACUUCGACCACACAAUCAUAAAUGACAACAGCGACCUUGUGGCUCGCAACAUGCUGAAGACGACGAUACCCCAAGAGGUUUCCAACCUGUAUCGCACGGACGGCUGGACGGCGUAUAUGCAGUGCAUUUUCAAACUCUUGAAAGCGGACGGUUUCUCGCCCCUCGAGGUGCAGUCCGCCAUCAAGAAAAUACCGCACACGCCCGGCAUGGACGCCCUGCUCAGGGAGCUGCACCACAGAGGAGAUGCCGAAGUGAUAAUUAUUUCCGACUCGAAUUCGGUCUUCAUAAACGACUGGCUGGAAAACGCUGCUGUCGACCACAUUGUUAACAAGACUUUCACCAACCCUGCUUUUUACGACGACCAAGGGCUGCUCAACAUUAGUAUGUACCACGAGCAGGACUGGUGCAAGCUGAGCACAAAAAAUCUCUGCAAAGGGCACAUCCUGCAGUCGUACGUUGACGAGCGCGCCCGGGAAGGAGUUAAAUUCGACUGCAUCGGAUACGUGGGGGACGGCAACAACGAUCUCUGUCCUUGUCUCAAGUUGUCUGCAUCAGACUGGGCUUUCCCAAGGAAGAAUUACACUUUGGCUAAGAUGAUCAGCAAGGAAAAUUUUGACCACAAAAUCAGUGCCAAAAUCCACCUUUGGGAAUCGGGCCACGAAAUUUUGGACAUUAUUCUGAACCAUUUGCCGCCAAAGCAAUGAAAUAACGUAUCUUACGUCAAA